AUGGCGGGCAUGUGGUAUUCGGGCGAGGGCGUGCGCGACUUCAAGCGCAUCAGCACGUCCAACGACCUCUGCUCGCUCUUCCCCGACGCCCUCGCUGACCAGCAGGACCACGCCUGGCGCUCCCUCUCGCCCCGCGAGGCACAGGCUGCCACGGACAGAGAGGCCACUGUGGGGCGCGAUGUGGUGCGGUUGAGAGGGGUGGAGGAGGGGGAAGGGGGCGUGGGGGGAGUGGAUGGGCGGAAGGGAGGUGCGGGAGGGGGGAGGAAGGGGAGUGGGGUGGGGAAGGAGAGGUAUGGUGGGAGGGUGGAGCGGAGGGAGGAGGAGGAGGAGGGGGAUUGGAGGGACGGCGGUCGAGUGGGGUAUUCAGCCGACGACGGGGAGGAGGGAGAAGAGAGGGGGACCCACAUGGGCAAGCGGCGACGCCUCCUAUCCGCAUCGGAGCACAAAACCACCAAACCCCACAACCCUGUCCCCGCCCACUCUAAACCCAAGCCUUCAUCCACCCAAUCACCACCAGCCACACCCCAGCAGCAGCAGCAACAGAGUGCAUCACCCAUGGCCAUGGCGCUGUGGGGGUUUGAGAACGCGGCUGUGGGGUUCACGGACGAGUUUGACGAGGAGCUGCACGACAUCACGGACAUCAAGCGCCGGGAGAACCGCGUGUACGGCCGCUUCGAGAGCCCCCAUGCUGUUGCGCGCUACCUCAACCUCAGCGACGCUGCGAGCAGAGCGCGGCUGGCAAAGGGGCCGGCGGGAGGGCGCGUGGAGAAGGUGGGGUAUGUGCCGCGGCAUGGCACCUACAUGGGGGACUUCGGCGAGGCUGUGGUGCCGCUCAUGCAGGCUGCUGUGCACCUGGUGCGAGCGCCACCGUCAGACCCAUCCAAGGACACGAGGGGGGAGGGGCGCGUGGUGUUCUUCCCGGGGGAGCGCGAGGUGCGCAGCGCAUGGACGGCUGACAUGGCGCGCAUCCUCUUCGGCCCCAAGGCGCAGCUGCUGCUGGGCCACUCGCCCGGGCUCAAGGUAGGCUCAGCUGCUGCUGGGGCACUCGCCCGGGCUCAAGGUGUUGGUGCUGGACCAAAGGACAGGGUAGUGUGCACUACCGUCUCCCUCGCUCCGCCACCUCCCAUCAACCCACAAUGCAGCUAUCUUCUCCUUUUGUUCUCCACUGUUCUCGCAUCCCCUGUGCCCGCCCAGGUCCUCCGCACCCCGAGGAGCAUGACGUGGCGGGAGACGGUGUUGGGGCAUGAGGUGGUGGGAGACAGUGUUGGGGGGGGAACAGGUUUAGUGCCCCCUGCGCCGCGGCGCAUGCGCUGGCAGGUGACGGUGCUGGAGCGCGAGCGAGGGCGGUCGGUGAUGAACGGGCAGGAGGUGGCGCGCGUGGCGCACGCGCUCUUCCCCGAGAUGCCGCUGCUCAUCGCCCGCGUUGGCAAGGCGUCUGCCUUCGACCAUGCUCUGCUGCUCAAGAAUACCCUAGUGCUGAUAUCGCUGCACGGCACGCCGCUCACCACGGCGCUGUUCAUGCCGCGGGGCUCAGUGGUCGUGGAGCUGUUCCCCUACAAGUUCCUCAGCACGCUCUACAAGAAGAUCGCCAUGCGCUCCGGUGUGCACUACCUCGCAUGGCGCAACAUCCACGACAUCAGCGCGUUUUUCCGCAACUCCUGCAUGAAGGACGGAGGGUUCACGCACCUGCCCGAGGAGCAGUGCUGGAACAUUCACGAGUGUGUGGCCUGUGCGCGUGAUCAGAGCAUUACCAGAGUAGACCGGAGGGAGUUCAAGGAGGUGAUGGCCAAUGCGAGAAUGCUUGUCAGAACGCUGGUCCCCGGCUCCCUGCGGCUUGGUUUUGCUGUCAACACCAUGGAUACUAGCGACGCCGAGGGAGACGCGGCAGAUCCCGACGAUAGGCCGACAUGUAGCAAACCCCCUGCGACUGGGCUUCAGUUUCUUCGCGCCGUGCGUGAAGAUAAUGUUCGCGAUGAAGAGCAGUUGGGCGACGGCGGUACCGAAUGGAUGCGCCGUCCUCGCAAGGAAUGUGGCGGCAUGGAAGGUGCGAACGACGAGUGGUGUCCUACUCUCCGCCCGAUGAAUGACGAUGCUGAGUCUGACGGUGUUGAGGAGUGGAUCACCUCGCCGCGGAAGGAGGUUGCUGCAGAGCCGACAGAAACGGUUGCAACGCAGUUUGUCGAUGCGGCCACUCCUGAGUCAACCGGCUCAGUCGCUAUGAAGAAGCGACGAUUUACGCAACAGGUUUUGCAGUGGGGAACACCGCCGCCGAAGCCCGUCGCUCCACCUCCCCGUGCUGCCCCACCCCCCAUCCGUCCCCUUACAGACGAGGAGAAGAAGGAGAAGGCGUACCUGAAGGCGCAGAAGAGCUACACAUCUGAUUGGCUGCCGAAGUUCGACUGGCUGAUUCUGGACAAGACGCCAGAGGGUGACCCGUGCCUGCGCUGCAGUGUCUGCAUGGAGCACGGGAAGGACAACGCGCGUUACGGUCGCAAUGGCGCUGGCGGUCGUGAUCUGCAGAUCGGGUCGAUGCGGUGGCACGAGAACAGCGCGAAGCACGAGGACGCCAUGAACAAGCAGGCUAACCUUCUGCAGAAGAUCGUUGACCAGAAGAAAAUUGAAGACUUCGCGAAGGGAGAUCCGGAAGGCUGUCGCGUCGCGGUACUCAUGCGCGCCAUGCGAUUUGUGUGUCGUACUGACACACCCAUCCACAUGUACCCACAGAUCGUGCAGCUUCUCGCAGAGGAGGGUGUCGCCAACAUACCGCGACAAAGCUAUGGAGUCUACAUCACGCACGAAGCACUUGCUGUGAAGGAGACUGCCGAAGCCGAUCAGUUCAAAGAUUUCCGGAUGGUGGACAAGGCCGUCCGUGCAGUUGGCGAGAUCGUGGAGGUGACCCAAGUCACAGAAGAGGUGGACUGGGUGGUGUCACUCAUUGAGCACCGCUACAUCGACUACGACGGUGGAUUCGGGGCGGGUCUGAGCCCCAACUUGUCUCCGUUCAUGGCACGUGUGAAGAAAGGGGACAAGAAGGUGAAGGUGGACGGCGUGGACGCUAGCGGCAGACCCGUCAAGCACACCUUCGAGCUCAGCGAGGUGCCAGACAAAAAACACAAGUUCGGCGGCUCGCUAGCAGAUUGCGUGAAGCUGGGCAAGGCCUUCGCCUGA